CUCUCCUUCCGCAACCUGCGCCUCCACCUGCACGCAGCACCACCGACACUGCCACCUCCUCCUCCUCCUCCUCCUCCUCCUUCCUUUCUUUUUCUUUCUUUUUCGUUGCGUUCUGGAGAACCCAGCUCGAGCGGAUCCAUCGCGCGCCACCGCCGCUCCUCGCUGCAGGUCGACGUCGCCAAAGGUCGCCUUUCCGCCCCUCUCUCCGUUCCAACCAAGCAGAGACAGCAGCUCAGAGAGGACCGCCACCACCUGCUCCACCACCAGAUCGCACCAUCGCCGCUACACAGCUCCUCUUCUGCCUUCGAUCGAGCAAGGGCAGCACCACCCACCUCCAUCGCGCCGCCUCUGUCGCUCUCUCUGCCACCGCCAGUCGCCGCCGCUUGAAGGCCAGUUUUGGUCGAUCCAGUGAAUGCUAUUUCAUUUCGAUCCAGUGAGAUUGGUUGAAGGCCAGUCGAUUUGGUUUGGUCACCGAUCAAGCAAACUCUGGCAAUAAUAUUUUGUUUGGAUCGCUCAGGUCUGUCUAUGCUUCUCCCGGUCAGAAUCAGAGUUAGAGCGUUGACCUCCCCGCCCCGCCGCAGUGAGUAGUAAUAAAUAAUGCAUGUCAGCACUGCAUUUGCACAACAUUUAUGUUAUGAUGAAUAAAUUUUGUGCUUGACAUCCCCAUGUACAAAGACUGAACAGAAGAAAAAUAUUUGAAAAAAAAAAAAAAAAGAUAAAAAUAAAGAAGGGAGAAAAACAAAUGGGGAGUCCUGGAUUAAGCACUCAAAGUAAUUGGCACCAGCAACGGCGAUUAGGGAUUACAGAACCCAUUUCCUUGGGUGGACCAACAGAGUACGAUGUAAUAAAGACUCGCGAACUUGAAAAGUAUUUGCAAAAUGUGGGGCUGUAUGAGAGUCAAGAGGAGGCUGUGAGUAGAGAGGAAGUGCUUGGGAGACUAGACCAGAUUGUGAAGAAUUGGGUGAAAGUGAUUAGCCGUGCAAAAGGGUUGAAUGAGCAACUAGUGCAGGAAGCAAAUGCUAAGAUUUUCACCUUUGGUUCUUAUCGGCUAGGGGUACGCUUCUAAUCUUAUCUUUUCCUUCUGAAGAAUAGAGGUUU